AAGUACCCUGUUUUGGGAUAGUUCUGAUUUUGAGUGUUUGACCGUUUUGUUUUGAAGUAGUUGUGUCGUUUUGGCGCCAAAAGUAAAACAACAAAGUUCUUCCAGCUCGUGCAGCUCGUGUUAAAAGUACAUUUUGAAAAGAAUGGAAGACAUUUCUACGGGGGCAACCCUCACCGGGCUCGAGCUCCGGUGGUUCCUGGAGAUGCGCCGCUGUUGGAACGCGGACAUCUCGGUGUACCGGGACUUUGUGGCGCGCUAUGACGCGCUGAUCAGCGAACCGGCUGAAACCGCCAAGGACAACACGCUGGCCGUUCACCACCGUCAGCUUGGCAAUCGUGCCUAUUUGGAAAAACGGUUCGUCGACGCGCUGUGGCAGUACAACCGAAGCAUUUGCUUCGCGGAGAAUCUGUCGGAACACCUGGGCAUCGGCUACGCCAAUCGAUCUGCGAUUUAUUACGAAAUUGAGGAGUACGAGUUUGCCCUGUACAACAUUGAUCUGGCCAGGAAGAACCACUAUCCGGAAAGGUUGCUGCCAAAACUGGUUGCACGGGAAGCCAACUGCAAGGAACGAAUCGCCGGUGGUCACUCCAAGGGCACUGUCCCACACUCAUUCUUGGACAUCAACGUUGAGGUCAAUCCGAAGAUUCCUUUCCUGGCCAAGGGAAUCGGAAUGAAGCGUUAUGAGAAGAUGGGCCGUGGUCUGGUGGCCGAGCGUGACUUCAACAUCGGAGACGUUAUUCUGGAUGAGAAGAGCGAGCUUUGUUUCGUGUCGUUUGGGCGAUCCUUUUUCAGCUGUUGCCACUGUGGAUCCAUGUUUGAGAAAAGUUUGAUUCCGUGCCCUUCCUGUGUUGCAGUUAUGUACUGUGGCGAAAAGUGCCGCGAGGACGAUUUCCGGACCAAUCAUCGGUUCGAAUGCUGCGUGAUUACGAAAUUGUGGAGUGUGACCGCGAAUAAUAUGAUGGCCAUGGCAAGGCUGUUCUUUUAUGGCUUGACGGCGUUCAACGACAACGUCACCGAAAUGAUGAAGUACUGCAUGGCAAAUGCUGCCGUCGGUUCUAACCCGCUUGAACUGGAUCUCACCAACCCGAAUCCUUUGGACGUGUUUAAGGUACUGCACCAGUUCAAACCAAAUCCUGAGCAGGACAAUUCCAAUCUUGACCACGGCUUGAAGCUGCAUGCAGCUACCUAUUAUUCGAUUUUCAUGAAGAACCCACUGGUCCAAUCGAUCUUCCGUACCAAGGCGCAGCGUAAUUUUAUGCUUCGCUGCCUGCUGAUUCACGGCCGUGUGGCCAAAUCGCUGCUUCUUAAUCAAGGUAACGAAAGUGAGGGAUGUCAGGGAAUUUUCUCCCCCAUCGCUUCCCUCCUAAACCACUCGUGCGACCCCAACGUGACCGCCCAGAUCGAUUCCGGAAGCAUCAAGGUCAUCGUACUGCGCCCCAUCCGAAAGGGUGACCAGAUCUGCACAAGCUGUGCGUCGGCCUGGUGGGACGAAAACGGCGGGACCAAAUUUGACUUCCAGUGUAUGUGCGUGGUCUGUGACCAAGGACCGGAGGGAGCCAAGUGGCGCAAGGCUCGCAAUAAAGUGCGCUCAAUUUCUCGUAAAGCAGCACGGGAAUUGGAAAACAUUGCACUCGGGUGUCUCGAGACCCAUGAGCUGCUCAUGAUGCAACGUAUGGUUCAGACGCUGGUACGUGACGGCCAUUACCCGGGGGAGCUGUUCGGUGAAGCGAUGUUGGAUUACUACAAUACGCUGUACGAUGUGCUUCGUUCGGAGAACGCAAAGCUCAACCGAGCCAAAGCGCUGAAAUGUGUACCGGACUCGGUUUGAGCAUUAACUUUGAUUUAAAUUGCUACUGUAAUUACAUUAUUUUAACCGAAUAAAACUGAAUUCCAACCUAAUCCGUUAGUUUAGCUUCCAAGCUUGCGAAAAAGUCGGAAAUCCCAUAAAAAAAAUCGUUUUUAGUGGUUUUAUCUAGAUCAGUUUUGCUUGCUUUUAUCUGCUUCCAAGUCUGCAACUAAUCCCCAACAGACCUAUCGCGAACGCAGUACAAACUCCGCCCAAGUUGGCACCCGCGGUAGGGCUGUGCGACAUUUGCGUGCAAACGAGCGAACGAGAGACAACUGUCAAAGUGAUUUUUCUCUUCCAAAUCCCCGUCGUCCGUCGUCCGUCGCAGUUGCCCAAGUGUUGUUCCUCCGUGCAAAAGCAGCUCCAUGUGAAGCGAUUUUUUCGGUCCCUUCUAAAUUCUAGUUGUGUGUCCGUGUGACGUCGUGUGAAAUCCGCGAACCGUGUUGUUCUAACCAGCAGCUGGUAGGUGAAACCCGCAGAAUCGGAAUCGACGCGCAUCGCAAG